CUGGAAGCUAACCGGAAGUCGAAGAAGAACUCCAACGCUAACGAACAAGGAAGAAAGUCAUUGUAUUACUGUUGCGGAAGCGUCGACCUUGUCUAGUUGUACUCAGGAUGGCAGGAAAGGCAUGGAGGUCAGCGAUACAAAAUCUGCUAAGACAAUGGGGAUUUUCAUUCAAUGACAUGGAAAAAACCAAGGCACAGGAACUGUCACAGGUGGUUGGGGUGAUGAUGAGAGAAUCUCCACAGCCAAGGACUUUCAUCCGUGGGAUGCAAACUGUUACUUUAAUCCCUGGUGAUGGAAUUGGUCCAGAGAUCUCCAGCUCUGUCAUGAAAAUAUUUGAAGCAUCUAAAGCUCCUAUUCAGUGGGAAGAGAGAAAUGUUACUGCCAUACAAGGACCUGGUGGGAAGUGGAUGAUCCCCCCAGAUGCCAAGGAAUCAAUGGACAGGAAUAAAAUAGGCCUCAAAGGGCCUUUGAAGACACCAAUAGCUGCUGGCCAUCCCUCUAUGAAUCUGUUACUUAGAAAAACCUUUGACCUCUAUGCCAAUGUCCGUCCCUGUGUGUCUAUUGAGGGCUACAAAACCCCUUACACUGAUGUGGACCUAGUCACUAUUAGAGAGAACACAGAGGGGGAAUACAGUGGCAUUGAACAUGUGAUUGUUGAUGGAGUUGUACAGAGUAUUAAGCUCAUUACUGAGCAGGCCAGCCAACGAAUUGCAGACUAUGCAUUUGAAUAUGCCAGAAACAACCAAAGGGCAAGUGUUACUGCUGUACAUAAGGCCAAUAUUAUGCGCAUGUCUGACGGCCUUUUUCUGAGGAAAUGCAGGGAAGCUGCCGAGAAGCACAAAGAUGUGAAAUUUACUGAGAUGUACUUGGAUACUGUAUGUCUUAAUAUGGUACAGGACCCCACGCAGUUUGAUGUUUUAGUGAUGCCGAAUUUGUAUGGCGACAUCUUAAGUGAUCUUUGUGCUGGACUGAUUGGAGGUCUUGGUGUGACUCCCAGUGGUAACAUUGGAGCCAACGGUGUUGCCAUUUUUGAGUCGGUUCAUGGAACUGCACCAGAUAUCGCAGGAAAAGACAUGGCCAACCCCACUGCCUUGCUGCUCAGUGCAGUCAUGAUGCUGCGGCACAUGGGUCUACAUGGCCACGCCAAGAAGAUCGAAACUGCCUGCUUUGACACCAUUCGGGACAAAAAGGUUCUCACAAAAGACCUGGGUGGGAACUCAAAGUGUUCCGAAUUCACGAAUGCAAUAUGCCAAAGAGUGCAAGACAUGGAGUAAAAACUGAGUAGGUCAAAAAUAUUUACUGUUGGACUCAUCACUUCUUCUUGUCGUUUUAUGCCAAUAUAUCAUGCUAAUUUAUCUUGCAUGUAAAUCUGCACAUUUUAGUCAAAUAUGUAUUUUAAAAAGUGGCUACUUGAAGUUUUUUUUGUCUGCACAAACCAAAGCACUGACUUAAACCUGACCAACCAGUGUAUACUAUAUCAUGGUCAUUUGUCCCAAAACAGUCUAAUAUAUGUUGCAUGUUCUCUAUUUAUUGUCUGUAAUUAAUGUCUGUGUAUUUGUCAGUUGUAUGUGACUAAAGACACCUUAUGGUUACGAGCUCAUGAGGCUCAUAAAUAUGAAAAUUGAAAUUA